AUCGAGCGACAGGUGAAACAGUUUUGGCAACGCCCCGAUCGGUUCUGUUCCGUGAAGUUAACUUUAGUCUUAGCUGAGCGUGGACCCGGAUCGAACGUGUUUUUCUGCCUGUGCCAAGAAAAACCAAAUAAACGAACGAACAAACGAACGAAAAACUAAGUGAAAAUGCGUUUCAAACUGUUUGUGGUUUGUGCGCUGGCAUGUGGCUUCAUGGCCUAUGUCCUGGCCAACGAGAACAUAUCCACUGAGCUGGAGGAUGAGAUUCUGAAUGCCGUGCCCGUGUCAAAACCUGCAGCAGCAGCCGCAGCCGCAGCCGCAGCCGCGAAAACCGUGCCACAAAAGGAUGCGGAAUUCGUAGAGAUCAUAAAAGAGCAACCCAAAAAGGUGGAGGCUCCGGCAGCGAAACCAGUCCCUAAGCCGAAACCACCUGCAACUAUUCCGACCACAAAGGCUGCCCUGGGAGCUGGUCAGGGAGGACAGCGGAUGAUACCCGUGCUGUCCAGCCGUGGCACCGACGAUAUCUUGACCGUGGCCGGCCUGAAGCCACAGCCCAUGUCCGGGGCGUUGGUUAUGCCAUCCGACUAUUUGGGAGAGCUGUACGAUGUGGACUCCAGUGGCUACAAUUGGGAUCCCAACAAUAAUGUUGCCCCGCCGAGCACUCCCUCGACGGCAGCCGGAGGCUAUACGAUCACCACGGCUCGUCUGGCGGAGCUGCGGAACACCUUCAUGUACUGGUAUUUCGACAAGGAUAUGUAUGGCGGCCGUGCCGACUAUCAGUUCGAUAUCCAUGCCUCGAUGACACAGCUCCACAAGAAUUUGAACUUCCAGCUGCCAUUCUACGGCUUCAGGUUCAAUUAUACCAGGCUUUCUCUCAAUGGCUAUUUGGAGUUCUCCGAUCCACCAGAGUACCUUACAUAUCCUUUGGUGUUCCCUAUUAAGGACUGGCCCACCAAGCGGGAUCCCUCUUUCAUUGGCAUCUUCUUCAGCAAGUGCCGUGUGGGUCGCAUCUAUCCCUCGGAUAUUGACCAGCGCACGCCCGGCGUCUAUUUCCGCGUGGAACGUGAUCUAAUGGGCCGCACAGACCGCUUCGGCGUGGAGGUACGUGAGCGCACCAUGUGGGACAUCCGACAGGGUGUUGUGGGAGCAGACACAUUCGUGCCCAAGCAUGUGGUGAUCUCCACCUGGAAGAAUGUAUCCUUUGCCGGCGGCAUUGACAACUCUCUUUUUACGACAAACACCUUCCAAAUGGUCUUGGCCACUGAUGAGGUCUACACAUAUAUUAUCUGGAAUUAUGGCGUGCUCAACUGGCUUUCCCACACCGAGGCUGGCGGUGAUACCACCAAGGGUGAGGGCGGCACACCUGCUUAUGUCGGUUUCAAUGCUGGCAAUGGCACCCAGGCCUACGAGUACAAGCCCUACAGCCAGAACAUGGUAAUUCGGGAUUUGGCCAACCGAGGCUGGGCCAACGGCUUCCCUGGUCGUCACAUAUUCCGUGUGGACGAGCAGAUUCUCAUAGGCUCUUGCAACAAGGAUAUAGAUGCCGCUUUGCUGCCACUGACCUUUGCCCCCGAGUCGGGUAAUAUGCUGGGCGGGCAGGUGGUGAACAUUACUGGACCUUGCUUUGACCCACUCAUCCGUGUGACCUGCCACUUCGACACGGAGUCCGUGCUGGGCACCUACGUGGAUCGCAAUCGCGUGAUUUGUGUCCAGCCCUACCUCAAGGCCGAGGGCUACAUUCGCUUCCAGAUAUCGGUGGGCACCCAGCGUUUCAAGUGGCGUGGAAAGUACUUCGUGGAGACGCCGGCCGCCGCCACCGAGAAGAUUUUCUUUGCCACCGAUGAUGUGCACAAAAAGAACCCCAACGAGAUUCGCAUCACCUGGAACUCCUUCAAUUUGACCUCCAACGCCAAUGCCAACGUGAUGAUCUCCCUGUGGGGCUACCGCGAGACCAAGAUCGAGCCCCAGUUGGAGUACAUCGAUGUGAUUGAGGCCAGCUACUCGAAUACCGGCAGCUAUGUGAUCACGCCCUCAAACUACAUCAAUCGAAACAACAAGAACCGAGACAUGCAGUUUGGCUUCCUGCAAAUCAAUCUCACACAGCCCGAGCAGUACUCCGGUCUAGCCCUCAGUCCCAUCCUCUGGUCACGGCCCAUUCCCCUCGCCUGGUACAUGGCCCCGCAGUGGGAGCGCCAGCACGGUCUGCGCUGGCCCCGAGCUCUCUGCGAUAAUUGGAUACGCAGCGACCGAUUCCUCAGGAACUUUGCGGCGGAUCUGCCAUUGUGCCCCUGCACCCUGGACCAGGCGGUGCUCGACAAGGGACGCUUCCGGCCCGACCGUGAGUGCGACAAGGACUCGAAUCCCAGCUGUUUGCGCCACCGAGGAGCCAUCCACUGUGUGGUCAGUGGUACACCAGUUGCCCAAGGAGCGGAACAGCAGUGCUGCUAUGAUCGUUAUGGCUUCCUGAUGCUGACCUACGAUCAGAUGUGGGGCUCUCGGCCACGCCGCGUCCACAAUCUGGGCAAGAUGCCGUGGAACGAGGCCAGCAAAGUACCAUCUCUCUCCAUGUGGUUCCACGACAUGCGUCCCUUCUACUCCUGCUGCUUCUGGCAGGAGGAGCAGGCUGUCGGAUGCGAGACCUACCGCUUCGAGCGUCGUCCCUCGCAGGAUUGUGUGGCCUAUCAGGCCCCUGGCAUUGCUGGCGUCUUUGGUGAUCCCCACUUCGUGACCUUCGAUGGCAGUGCUUACACCUUCAACGGACUGGGCGAGUUUGUGCUGGCACGCAGCACGGACGAGAGCAACCGCUUUGAGGUGCAGGGCCGCUUCCAGCAGCUGCCGGACAACUACUACGGCAAGGUUCAGGCCACACAGCUCACAGCAGUGGCCAUGAGGGGCAAUACCACUACCACGAUUGAGGUUCGCUUGCGUCCACUUCAUGCUCGCUGGCGUUAUCGCCUGGAUGUCCUGGCCGAUGGUCGCAAGGUGUACUUUGAUCGCGAGAGCUUGAAGUUCCAGCACUUUGAUGGUGUCUCCGUGUACACGCCAACCUACCUGCUCAAUCAGUCCCAGGUGGUCGUGCAGUUCGAUGCCGGCAUUGGCGUCGAGGUGGUCGAAAACGAGGGCUUCAUGACGGGUCGCGUAUUCCUUCCUUGGAAGUUUAUAAACAAAACUGCUGGAUUGUUUGGCAAUUGGAGCUUCAAUCCAAUGGACGAUUUCAUGCUGCCCAACGGACAGGUGGCCUCACUCAAUCUCAACGAUUUGCGCAGCAUCCACACGAACUUUGGUCUCAAAUGGAUGCUCACAGAUCGAGAGGUGCCUGGUGUGGGUGCCGCUCUAUUUACCCGCGAAUUCGGACGCAUGUCCAGCUACUAUGCCAACGCCACCUUCCAGCCCAACUUUGUCGUGGAUCCCGCUGACUUCCUGCCCGCCAAUCGCACCUAUGACCUGGAGCGUGCCGAGGAGCUGUGCGGCGAGUGCUAUCAAUGCCAGUAUGACUAUGCCAUGACGCUGAAUCGAGAUUUGGCGCACUUUACGAAGAACUACUACGACAGUAUAGUGAAUAUGCAAGCGGAGAAUUCCAAACCGGUGGUAUCCUGUGGUGUGCUGCAGACUCCUCGCUUUGGUCGCAAGCUCAGCUUUGAUUUCAUGCCUGGUGCCAAGGUUUCGUUUGAGUGUAACGAGGGCUUCAUUCUGGUCGGCGAUCAGCGUCGCGAGUGCCUGUCCAGCGGCCUGUGGAACGUACCCGAAUAUGGCUACACCGAGUGUCUACGUGAGGUGUAUUACACGCGUCGCGUCGCUUUCAUUGCAAUUGGCAUUAUCUUCCUCGUGAUCUGCCCGCUGAUGCUGUGCAUCGUGUGCGGCGUCUACCGCUACCGCCAGAAGCAGCUGAAGGAGGACCCGCAAUGGCAGAUGCCGAUGCUGCCCAGGUCGCGUGCCAGCUCUGCUCGGAAUUUGCGUACGCUGAACUAUGACGAUGACAGCGAUACCGAUGCGAGCACGCUCAAGAAAAGUAGGUCCUACGAUAAAGUAUAUCGCACGAACGAACCAUUACCGGGCAAACCGCAAAUUGAUUUUCCAGCAAAGAAAUGGGAUCUGGAUGAGAACGACGAGGAUGUGACCUCAUCGGAAGGUGAGAAGCCGAAGCAGACCGGCCGCCGCUCCCUGCGCGCCUCUGGCACCGACCUGGACCAGCACGGCGGCGAUGGCUCGCCCGUCGAUGGACCCCACGAUCACGAGGACGAUGAUGACUUUGACGAGGCCGAUGUCCACACGGGCACCAUUCACCCUGCCGGCUACCACCAGCCCCUGUCGCCGGAGGAAGCCGACCGCCUGCACCAGCAGCAGUACAGCCCCACCUUCAGUGGCCUCGAUAGCCGCACCAGCGCCGCCAGCUCCAUCAACUACACACCGCAGUCGGCGGCCCAGAACCGCUUCGGCGGCGUCCCAGUGCUACCCAGUAACACUCAGUACUACAGCCGGCCACCCUCGGGUGUGCCAGUCACUGCCAGUGCCACGCCUCUGAGGGCAGCGCCAACUCUUCCGGGCGGGCAGCAGCUGACGCAAGACAGUGGCCUGCCAUCCCCGCCAUUGGCCACAUCGCCCACGCCAUCGGUGCAGAAGUCCACGGAGGUCUAAACUCAUUCCCAUUUCGAUCGUCUUCGAUUCUCCAUUCCCUGCAAAGCUGCAAAGUUCAAAUCUUUCGAGCCAAAAUAAUAAUCUAAUUUUAAGUACAUUUUUUAACUGUGUCCCUGUCCAAGCUGUCCCACCUGUCGCCAUGGUUUAUCUAUGUGUAAUCCACAGUAUUUGUAUUUGUAUCUGCAGUUUGCCCACGGCCAUGACCAAUGCCAUCCAUACAUUUAAGCAAAUAACAACAACAUGUCUAUGAUAAUAGCCCAACCCCAAAAUCCCCAAAAACCAAACCCAAAAUCCGGCCAAUCCUUUGUACAUUAAGCACAUGGAAAUCACGUAAUUCAUUUGUGUGUUCGGCCCAGGUAAAACAAACGGCCUAAAUGCCAUUGUAAAGUUCAUCAAUUUAUCUACAUAAAUAAAACUAAAACUUGUUUAUAGUUAAAUAUAUUGUA